UUCGGUGGCUCGUGUUAGAUGUGACUUCAGAGCACACUCCUGAAACAAGAACGAAAACUGACAACCCAAACACGCACACAUAAACACACAACAACAACCACAGAGGCAGAGGCGGCCGGUCUGUGCCUUCUUUCCCUCAUGAAGUAACUCAACUGGACCCUGCGUGGACGUUUUUGGAGCAGGAUACCUUGUGGGGCUGAGCAGGACUGAGAAGGUCAGGUAGAAAAGCUGGUUAGACUCCACUGCUAACAUGCUCCGGCAGUCUCUCAGCAUCCUGAAGCAGUUUGGCUCUGCGGCAAAGUCACAAGAUGCCACUGAACUUCUACACGAAGACCUGGUUUUGGUGGAGCAGCGGGUGGAACCGGCCAAGAAGGCGGCUCAGGUCCUUCACAAGAAGCUGCAGGGCUGCAUGCAGAGUCAGCAAGGGCUGGAGGCUGAGAAACGAAUGAAAAAGCUCCCUCUGAUGCUGCUGUCCGUCAGCAUGGCAGAGAGCCUCAAAGACUUUGACGCAGAGUCCUCUAUCAGGAGGGUGUUAGAGAUGUGCUGUUUCAUGGAGAAGAUGCUGGCCAGUAUGCUGGCAGACUUUGAGAUGAAACUGGAGAAGGCAGUUCUGGAGCCACUCAACAAGCUCAGUGAGGAUGAUUUACCAGAGAUUCUCAAGAACAAGAAGCAGUUUGCGAAGCUCACAACAGACUGGAACAAUGCAAGAAUCAGGAGCCAAGCCAGCACUGGUGCCCAGGCAAAGCAGGAUGGGCUCAGGGAGGAAGUGGAAGAAGCUUGGAGGAGGUUGGAGAGCAUCAAGGACCAAUACUCUGCAGAUCUGUAUCACUUUGCAACUAAGGAAGAAGACUACGCUAACUACUUCAUCCGUCUUCUCGAGCUGCAAGCAGAAUACCAUAAAAAUUCACACGAGUUCCUGGACAAAAACAUCAGCGAGCUUAAAGAGAAUCACAGUCAAAAAGGGCCACCGCUGAGCCUCUCUAACCAGAAGGUCUAUGGGGAGCCUCUGCUCUCUCAUCUCUCUCAAAGCAACAGAGAAAUCGCUGUGCCCAUCCAGGAGUGCAUUCACAUGCUGCUGAGAACGGGCAUGAGAGAGGAGGGUCUGUUUCGUCUGGCAGCAGCAGCCUCAGUGGUGAAGAGGCUGAAGACUUGUUUGGAUCAAGAAACGGUCAACCACAACGAGUUCAGCAUGGACCCUCAUGCUGUGGCCGGAGCUUUGAAGUGUUACUUGCGAGAACUUCCCGAACCUCUAAUGACCUUUGAACUCUACAAUGACUGGUUUAAAGCAGCAGGGGAAAAAGACCAGACAGAGAAGCUGGAGCAGUUCAGAGUACUACUGAAGAAACUGCCGCCUGAAAACUACAACAACCUCAGGUACCUGGUCCAGUUCUUGUCUCUGUUGUCUGAGCAGCAGGCUGUAAACAGGAUGACGCCCAGUAACAUUGCCAUCGUCCUGGGGCCCAACCUACUCUGGCCACGAGCUGAAGGGGAAGCUGCCCUGUUUGACAUGGCGUCAGCUUCUUCAGUCCAGGUGGUGACAGUCAUUGAGCCUCUUAUUCAGUACAGCUCCAGCCUCUUCCCCGAAGCUAUAUCCUUUGAGAUCCCAGACCUUCCAGAGGUCCCAGAUGUGACCCUGCCAGCUCCUGUUGCCCAGUCUGUGUUCUCAGAAAAGGAGAAACUGGGCAGAACAGUCUCUUCCUCUUCAUCAACAGCUUCCUCCUGCUCCUCUCAUCACCUCUCUCUCUCAAAGACAAACAGCACGACCUCUCAGGACAGUGGUGGCUGUUUCCUGGUGAAAUCUGGCUCUGUGAGUCGCAGUGGCACCUCCACAUGGGCCAGCCCUGUAGCUGAGACAGUGGCACCCACCCCCCAAAACACAACAUCCAGCAGCUUAUCCUCACUCGAUCCCAGCCCCGUUGUGGCCUCCAACACUUCGGCUGCCUGUAGCUCAACAGCAAACCAGAGCCCAUCACCAUUUUCUAAAGCAACAGGAGCGGCGCCAAACCCAGGUCAGAUCAGGAGUCCCAGCCAGUGCUCAGAUCAAGGCCAGCUGGAGCCAAUUUUCGAGGCACCUCCAGACUCUCCCAGAGCAUUCGUGAAGAUCACCUCACCGUUUAAACCGAAAAGAUCUUUGAACCUGAACAAAGCUAACCAACCUAACGAGCAGUUGACAGUUCAGUUUUCUAAACCCAAACUCCCAACACUUCCCAAGCUCCAGACCCCUCCACCCCCGCCCGCAGAACCGGCGGCUGCGGACACAAGGACCCAGCCGACACCUGCACCCCGAGCUCAUCCGGCCAACCUCAAAAAGCCUCUGAAAAAGCCUGGACUCAAAGCCCCAAACUGUCCUCCACCACUUCCUCCCCCAUCACAGGCAAAAGUGGUUCAUUCUUUAGCACAGUGAGAAAAAUGACGCAUGUGCCAUUCAUUAAUCGUGUGAAUUUUGUUGUUGUAGUAACUUAACACCCCCUGAAAUUCUUGUCUUUGCUGACCUCCAGUGGUUUAACUUUAGACCUUGCUGCAGCGAUGUACAGGUGGUACAGGACCACAUGACAUCACUGUUGGGUGUGGUUACAAGUGCAACAAAGCACACCCAACCACAACAAUCAGUGAUGCUGGCUGUGGUCAGAGGUAAAACAGGCUUGAAACUUUCAACCAGAGAAGGCAGCAAAACACUGCUAUUCAGCCUGGUGUUAAGUUACUCUUUAAACAUGCAAGGUUUUAUUGCCUGAUUGGUUAAGAGGAUCUGAUACUUUGCUUAUUUUCUGGGGGAAAAUCUACCCUUGGAUAUUGAAUCUUGUCAAUCUGUGCUGUUCAAGACCUUCCGGGACUCAUUUUGAGUUGAACUGUUACAGCUUCAUUAACUUUUUUUGGUCUACCAAUUUCUGUAACCAGUAUCAUUUAUUUAUUCUUCAGUUACUGAUGUCCUAUAUUUCCCAGAAUGCAAAGUAAGUGCCAGAAAGCAAGUCUUUCUGGUCAGCUAUUCAAUAAAUGAAUCCAGCCAUGUGGUGUUUUUAGGGUGGAUUUUUCCAUAAACAUACAAAAUAAUAGUAUUCAUGUGAGCUAAUUAAGUAUGGGGAAAUUAUUUUAUGAUCCUUGAGGCUGAACUGAGGUUUAAUUUGGUACUCCCCAAAGUCUGCUUUUCACGGAGGACGGCAGUUAUGGCGAAUGUGAAUUCAUGUCAAGUACCACAGAUUCCAGUAGUGAUAGAAAAUAACUUUUUACAAUCACCCUUCAGGCCUACCUUUGAGGAUUUUGUAAAUGUUAAACCUGAAAAACUAUGUAAAUAAAUGCAUAUUCAACCUAACUAAAAA